AACCUCUGGAAAUGGAUAUUUCGGGACGCGGAUCCAACCACGCAUUUGUGGACGACGAGUGAGCCGACGACCAAGAUGGUGUCCAUCCGCAAUGCGACGGUGACGGAUCUUCUGGCGAUGCAGAACGCGAACCUGUGGUGCCUGCCCGAGAACUACCAGAUGAAGUACUACUACUACCACAUCAUGUCGUGGCCGCAGCUGCUCUACGUGGCCGAGGACCACGACGGCAAGAUCGUGGGCUACGUGCUCGCCAAGAUGGAAGAGGAGGCGACCGUGCCGCAUGGCCACAUUACGUCGCUCGCCGUGCUCCGGACACACCGCAAGUGCGGCAUUGCCACCAAGCUCAUGAAGGCGGCGCAGCGCGCGAUGGUCGAGAGCUUCAAGGCCGAGUAUGUCUCGCUGCAUGUGCGCGAGGGUAACGCGGCCGCGAUCCACCUCUACCGACACACGCUCAAGUACCAAGUGUACGACAUUGAGAAGGGCUACUACGCCGACGGCGAGGACGCGUACGACAUGCGCCUCCCGUUCACGGACAAGUGCAACACGGCCAUGGCCGCCAACGUCGCCAAGUGGAACAAGUACCUCGCCGACCUCGGCAAGUAGAUUAGCAUCGAGGCAGCGACGCGUUGUGCUUAAUAAUAAUAGGUGCGGAUGUACUGAUCGGA